AUGUUCCUGUCCACGCUUGGGAUUGGAGAGUGGUCUGUGCUCAACUGGGCACAGAGAGAAGCAACAAAAAAGGCCGAAUCAAAUGAAAGCAAGCCAGAAAAAAGGCCAGCUGUACCUCAGCGCCCACAGCCGAUCCCUGCUCCUCCUGCGCUCAGUAACACUGCGUUAGCUGCUCAGGGACAUCUGAGUACAACUGACAGAGACACGAAGAAGCUGCCAGAAUCAGAGGGGCCAGUCAGAAAGAAAUCCCGAGUUGCUAAGCCACUAACGUGGAAACAAAACCGACAGAAGCAACUCAGGAUGGAGGGAAAAGCAUACAUCAGCAAGAGGAAGAAAGAUGGUGUCACUAUUACUAAAGCUCAGAGGUCAAUGGGGCCAAGAUGCACAUCUAGCGCCUGCAAAAGGGCGUCAAACCGCUUUUGUGCCGACUUUAGUGAAGAAACACGGAGUGAGCUGUUCACUACUUUCUGGCAGUGCAUGAACUGGGCUCAGAGAAAGGUCUAUGUGGCUGGACUUGUGGACUGUGAUCCGGUGGAAAGAACCCGUGCUCCAUGGACUCAGUCUAGAAGAUCAGUCUCAAUGAGAUAUCAUCUGAUAGCAGGUGGUGAUAGAAAGCAAGUUUGCAAGAAGAUGUUCCUCUCCACUUUGGGGAUUGGAGAGUGGUCAGUGCUUCACUGGGCACAGAAUGCCUCCCAGCUGGAAAAUCCAGAGGAGAACACUAAGAAGCGAAUGCAGAGGAAAUCCCGUAAAGCUUCCGAGCAUGUAGUCCUGAAGGAGUUCCUUGAGAGUUUACCGAAAGCACCCUCGUACUGUUGUGCAACAUCCACCUCUAAGCUGAACCUGGAGCCGGUCUUCUCAAACAUGUCUGAAGUCUACAGGCACUACUACAGCCACUGCUUAGCGAAGAAGUCAGCGCCGCUCUCACGACAAGUUUUCUGUGCUGUGUUUAAAAAGAUGAAUUUAGGAUUGUGUGACGCCAAAAAGGACCAAAGAUGUUCUUUUGGUGCAACAGGAAAUUUGUUUAAUGAGCUUUGGGAGGAAUAUUGCAUGGAAAGAGGAGCUCCAGGGCAACAGUCAGAGAGAGCCGGUAACCAGUAG